GCGCAGGCCUGCCUGCCCGCCCGCUUGCGCGCCGUGCGGGGCGGCCGUACGCGGUGCCGAGCCGAGCCGUGCGCGGAGCAUGGCGCGGGCAGCGGGUGGGCUGUGGCGCCCGGGGCUGGGGCUGCGGCUGGGGCUGCUACUGCUGCUGGCCGGCGGGGCGGCGGCGGCGGAGGCUGAGCCGUGCCAGGCUCCGCGGCAGUGGGAAGGACGCACCGUGUUCUAUGAGCACGGCACGGGCCGCAACACCCGGGCCCUCGUCUCCUACGACGGCCCCAACCAGCGCCUCCGCAUCCUGGAGGAGAGGAAGGCGCUCAUCCCCUGCAAGAAAUUCUUUGAGUACAUUUUGCUCUACAAAGAUGCAGUGAUGUUUCAGAUUGAACAAGUCACAAAGCUCUGCUCGAAGACUGCUCUGACAGAGCCCUGGGACCCAUACGAUAUUCCUGCCAAUUCAACUUACGAAGAUCAAUACUACAUUGGGGGACCUGGAGAUCAAAUCAUGGUACAGGAAUGGUCUGACAGAAAACCAGCCAGGAAAUUGGAGUCCUGGGUUGGUGUUUACACAGUCAAAGACUGUUACCCAGUGCAGGAAACCUACACGAAGAACUACAGCGUGACCACCUCCACUCGCUUCUUUGACCUGCAGCUGGGCAUUGCUGACCCCUCCAUCUUCACCCCACCCAGCACCUGCCAGACAGCCCAGCUGAGGAAGAUGGAAGAUGAAUGCUGAUUAUGGACACUGGCUGCCCCUGGGAAGCAGACAGUAGCCAAGAGUAUGGUUUUUAAUUGUCAGCUGCUGAGGUCUAAUCCAAUUUUCCAAGCUUACUGUUGAUCUUGUGGGAAUUGUUAAGUUUUUACUUGAAAGAGAAUAUAAACAUUUAACUGAGCAAAAUAUGGAACACAAAAGAGCUCUUCCAUCACAUUUAUCUGUCCAGUGGUGCACUUGCAGCAUUAUGUACUUACCACUAAGAUAGUAUUCAUAGAUACUCUUUAUUUAAGCUGUGACUGAGCUUCCUUUUGCAGAGGCUUCACUAUUUAUUUUUGUAAAGAAGGCAAAGCAGAAGCAGGCUGCAAUAAAUGUAACAUCUAGAAGGAAAAGCUUGAUGCUGUUGUUGUUACUUUUGGGGGACUUGAGGGAAAAGGAUGUCCUGGGUAAGACCUCAUCCCUGGCUCCCAAACUGCCCAUUUAAACAGUGUACAUCAAAGGCAUGGAAAUUCACUCUUGUGGGUUGGGUUUGCUUUGUGUGUUUUAGCUCCUUGCCCUUCAGAAAGCUGGCAGUGGAAUGUCUUGAGCUGAUUUUUUUCCUGCCUGAAAGGAAACUGGAGUAGCUCUAUUCAUGUAAUGCUAGCUGACAUGCUUAAAGCACUGCUGAUUCUUGGGAGACUGGCAUGAAAGGGAAGGAGGGAGAGGUACACCCUUCU